CCUCUCUCUCCCCUCCCAGGCUCCUCAGAGGGUGGCAGCUGAGAUUCCCCUGCAGAACCACUGACCCGGUGAAUGAAAUGGCAGAGAGCAGCAGGCGGGGGGAGCAGCCGGGAUGGGUAACGACGGUCAUCGUGAGCACAGCCCUGCAGAACCAUGAAAUUUCUACGCUUCUACAGAGACAACAACACCGCGUCCGAUAUUCAGAAUCAGUGGAGAUCGGCUCCGUGAUUUUUUCUCUUUCUGGCGUUGCGUUCCUGCUGGCAGACACUCAGGACUUCCUUACGCCAGGGGAGGAGCAGCUCUUCAAAAGAAUUCAGAAGUUCAUGAACAUUCACCGGAACAGCUUUUUGGUUUUGUCAGCUGCUCUUCAUGGACCAGAAGAAUGGAAUGUUAUGUUCAGGAUCCAGAGAAGGUUCCUGGGCAGUAAUUUACGUAUAAUACCAGUUCAUAAUACUGCUGAAACUGUGAAGCUAAUGCUAACUAUAGCGAAGAUAACUUCCAAGCUGCGAGCAGAUAUUCAUUACAAAAUGGCCUUGACGAAAGCCCAAAUAAUGGAAAACAGCCCAGUCUGGAGGAUGGUUCAGGAGUAGCAGUAGCAGUGCAAUAUAUUUGGAGGAUUUAUUCAUAAA